AUGAAAUCCAGCAACAUGUUUCUGUUCGAUGAUGAUGUUGCCAAGGUUGCUUAUUUAGAUUUUUCUGAUAAAGUCAUUAACAUGGCUGUUCGCUUUCACUCAGCCGGUUGUAUGAUAGGAGGAAGUUAUGGCCAUAGGGCUCCAGAAUACACACUAACAGGAACAUUGAGCACAAAGAGUGAUGUGUACUGCUUUGGGAUUGUUUUGCUGGAGCUCCUUACAGGUCGUAAAGAUAUUGAUUUGACCUUACCGUCGGGAGAGCAUAGUCUAGUGCGAUGGGCAACCCCUAAACUAAGCAAAGACAAAGUGGAGCAAUGGGUUGAUCCAAGUCUACUCGGAGAGUACCCUUCCGAAGAUGUUGCCAAGCUAGCCGCGGUGGCUGCACUCUGUGUGCGUAUUGAUCCAGAUUUUAAACCAGACAUGAGCAUUGUGGUGAAAGCACUUGAACCUCUUUUAAAUCCUCCUCCUUCUUCUCAGAAUCCACAUAGGAACCCCUACUGA